CCGACUGGACCUUUUGCCAUAUUCCUCCUUCAGCGUCGGGACCUCCUUCAGCGCCUCAUUCUCCUCAUGGACGUAAAAGCUGCAAGUUCUGAGAAGUCUCAGCUGAUCCACGACAAGAACCACAAGACCUAUUGUGAGCGCGUGCACAGUUCCUUUCCAGACCCUAGUGAGCAGUUCCCAGACUUCCCCUUUAAGAAUGGCGGCAUGUCGACCGCCAUGGAGCUCAAACGUCCCGUGGGCGUCCACUGCCACCGCUCCAAGGCCUCGGCGUGCGAAGACAGCGUGGACAAGCUGCUGGCGAAAAAGAAACUUUACAUCGCCUCCGCCAUCUGCCUGGUCUUCAUGAUCGGAGAGGUCAUAGGAGGCUACUUGGCCCACAGUCUGGCCAUCAUGACGGACGCCGCUCACCUGCUGACCGACUUUGGCAGCAUGAUGGUCAGCAUCUUCUCCCUCUGGAUCUCCUCCAGACCCCCUACCAAGACCAUGAGCUUUGGCUGGCACAGAUCAGAGAUCAUGGGGGCCUUCUUGUCUGUCAUAUCCAUCUGGAUGGUGACAGGGGUUCUGGUCUACUUGGCCAUCGAGAGGAUCGUGCGCGGCGACUACGAGAUCGAAGGUCACGUGAUGCUGGUCACGUCAGCCUUCGCUGUCGUCGUCAACAUCAUCAUGGCGUACAUCCUGCACCAUUCCACCACCUUCCACGCUCACGGCCGCGGCUAUACUCACAUCGACGAGGACGCUCAGAGUCCCGUCGCUCACGGCCAUGCUCACUCGCUCCUGGGCGCCCACAGCAACACCAGCGUGCGUGCCGCUUUCAUCCACGUAGUCGGCGACCUACUGCAGAGCAUCGGCGUCAUGGUGGCAGCAAUCAUCAUCUACUUUCGGCCUGAGUACAAGGUGGCCGAUCCCAUCUGCACCUUCCUGUUCUCCAUCUUUGUCCUUUGCACCACGGUCACCAUCCUCAGAGAUGUCUUCCGGAUACUCAUGGAAGGUUCGCCGAAAGGAAUCGAGUUCAACUCGGUGAAGGAGCUUCUGAUGUCUGUGAAGGCUGUCAGGUCGGCACACUCGCUGCACCUUUGGGCUCUGACGCUGGGCCAGACCCUGGUCUCCGUUCACCUCGCUGUUGACGAGGGCGCCGACGCGCAGUCUGUCCUGCAGGAGGCCGCAGAGCUUCUCCACAUCAAGUUUGGCUUCCAGAGCGUCACUAUCCAGGUGGAGCGCUACUCGGACGACAUGAGGCACUGCCACCUCUGCCAGGACCCCUGUGACUGACACGACUCCACAUUCCCCCGCCUAACACACACACCUGCAAGAGAGGAGGCGGCGCCCGGCCCGGAAUGCCCACCAACAUUCCCUUCAAAACCAAAAAAGAACCAUCAAAGUCAUUCGGGAGGCUCCAAUCCACCUUGAAGUGGCGCACCUGACCCAACCUCAUCAUACCACCUUUAAAUAAAAACACAUAGCCACGCCCUUUGACCCGUUUGGUCUCAGCGAAGGUCAUGUACCCGACACAUAACGGCGGUUCAUUGCGGUGUUCUUAAGAAGUUCCAAUCAGAGACUCUGUGUCCAAAUCCUCCUAAUGAGCUGAUCAAUAAGACUGAUUGGAA